AUGGCUUUUCAGGUUGAUUCGGUUUUGCUUUCAAUAACGUAAUUAUAUUGAUUAUAUAAAUAGUUUGAUUAAUUAUAUGUAACAGGGAAUUCUGAAAAAAAUAGGAGUAGGUUUAACUUUAUUUGAAUUUUUGGAAAUAACUUACAAAACUUGA